GGCUGUGUCCUCGCGCUUACCUGUGCUCAUCAUAUCGCACAAGUACAGAAUAUUUGUGCACAUCAAGCCCCUCACAGAAGCCCGCGCUGUUGACUCAGUUGUACAAUACUCAAAAAUUAUAGCAUGGAAAAAGUUAAAGACAUAAUUCCUGAUUAUUACGAUGGAGACUUUCUGUGUCCUAAAAGUGGGGCAAAGUUGGCCUCUCUCUUUGGUCUGGACCGAGCAGAGAAUCAGGGAAACGAGUCCUUCCAAUUCACUGCCCCUAAACAGCCAAAAAAGUCCUGCGCCAUCUUAGGCCCGCCUCCUCAGAAGUCCAUCCCUCCUCCAUGUGCUCCAGCUGUGCUGUUUGCUACAGCUGUUCAUGCAUUCAGCUUUGUGAAUGGACAAUAUGUGAAGCAAGGCAAGAUAGGAGCUGCUGUUUUAGGAAACCAUGUCACCAAAGAGUACAAGAUUCUGUUGUACAACAGUAAACAAAAACAGAUCAGUACGGCUCAAAUCCAUCGCAGAUUUGCCCUCACAAUUAAGCCCUGUAACUAUGUCACUUUCUAUGACGACCAGCAACAAAACUGGUCUUUAAUGUUUGACUCGGCAAAGUCCAGGCCUGAAUUCUGUAAGGAGGUGUGCGUGGCCCGGUGGAACAGUGAGGCUUCGUCAGACUCUCUGGUCACUCAGGACCUGGUCCAAGGUGAAGGUCAAGCUGUUGAUGUCGGGGACACAGUGGAGGUGGCCUAUUCUGGAAGGCUUUUACAGAACCAUUCUUUAGGACAGGUAUUUGAUUCCAAUCUGGGCAAAGAAAAGCUGCAGCGAGUAAAGCUCGGAGCAGGCAAAGCUCAGAGGGGAUGGGAGGAAGGGAUGCUUGGCAUGCAGAAAGGAGGUCGACGGCUCCUUAUCGUCCCUCCUAGUAUGGGUCAUGGUUCGAAGGGCGUCCUUCAGCAUGUGCCAGGAAACAGCACUCUGGUGUUUGAUGUUGAGAUUCACAGAGUAAAAUUUUCCAAAGACAGACAAAGUCGGGGAUCAGUUGACACCUUCAGUGCAUCUCCAAGUACACUAGAAGAGAACACCAGCCAAUCGGUCACUGAUACAGAUGUUUCAAAAGUCCAAGCAUCUAAGGGGAAAGUGGAAUCUGUAUCCCUGACAAGUUCAGGUGCUUCCAAAUCCAAGCUAAUCUCCCGUAUAGCCAAGAUGGGUCAACCCAUGCUUCCCUUUCUCACUGGGGCCAUUCCAGCUCAGCCUGACCCCAGUGACUCAGAAACAGAGGAUACAAGUGAAUUGAUUUGUGAUCCCUCUCCUUCACAUUCGCGCUCACCAAAACCUGCACAAAUGCCCUUUAGAUCUCCAUCUUUGUCAUAUUGGCCUGAUGCUCAGAAACAGGAAGCAGUGGUGCCAGAAGCAGAUUUAAACGCUACUCAAGGUUUUCAGGAUCAAAAUUCUUUCAAACAAAAUCCUUGUUUUCCACCACAGCUAGAUUCAUUUGCCUCAGUCUUCCCAUCCCAGCACAUUCCAUACCAGACUCCUGAUAUUACAUCAUUCUUGAUGUCUGAUGCUCGCCAACACAACACAGAAAUUCUACUGGCUAUUGAAAAGCUGGCACGCAGGGUAGACCAGCUUAGCUGCAAGGUGGAUGAGCUGCGAAAAGAGGGUCACUUCUCUUUCAGACACUCGUCUGUGUCCUUAGAGACAAACAUGAUCCUACACAACAUUCAGAGAAUUAUUCAGGAGAGUAUGUGUCUGAAAAAGGAGGUUCUGGAGAAGAGUAGGAACAGUGUAGUGGGGGAACAGAACCACAAAAUAGAGACAAAUAAGAGGUAUAUGGAGCAGCAACACAGCCAGACUUGCCUUCUUCAGGCUGAGCAGGAAAAGGUUCCUAUAUCAGGAGAGUGUGAUUCCUCCACUGCACAAGCACAUCAGCUGCAGCAGGAGGUGCUCAGUCUCCAGCAGAGGGCAGAGAAGCAGAAGUGCAAACAGAUGAGGGACAUCAGACAAAACAUGGAUAAGGAGAUGCAAGAUCUGAGGGCUGAAAAGGAGAAUCUGGAUCAGGUGAAGCGAUUGCUGAAUGAAGUGUUUCAGUCUCUCAGGACAGAGUUUGAUUGCCAGGAGUCUUACAGUGGACACACCGUGCUUGAGAUUCUCCAAAACACCAUCAAGAGUAUCACCAUGGAAUUUCUCUCAGAACCGCAGGAGCUUAAAUCAGGCAUAGAUGAAGAUAAAGCAGAGGAAGAGUACUUGUCAACUGAAUAGUGUUUGCAAAUAAAAAAAUAUGGAGAAGGAAAACAGUGAAAUAGUGGGAAAAGGUCAACAUUAAAAUGAAGCAUUUAUGCUAACAGAACAUCUGUAGAUUAGAACACCUGCA